GUUCGGGUUUUUGCAGCUUUGCGCAAGGUAAACUGCACUUAUAAAGCAGCCUGAACAGUUGUUUAAAGGAACAAAAAUAUCCAGUUCCGUUAAGCUUAAGCAUCUCGCAGAUUUUCGUAUCACCGCAAUCUUGCAAAGAUCUAGCUACCGCGGCGUUUAAUCGCGUGCCGUUCUUUACUCGAGAGCGACGUGCAGACCUGCACCUUGUUUCAAGAAACCAGGUUAAUGACGCGUAGAUUUCGCUCGGGGUCCUUGACGAUCCUCUUCGAUGGUCCAUAGUCAGCAUCCUCGAGUCGUUGUCACGAUACCGGAAGUCGAGCCGAUUGUCUCUGAUCUAGUUCCCAAUAAGGGAUCCGAAAGGGUCAAUAGUAGUAUUGGUGAAAGGGGUCCGCAUCCGAAGCGGUGCAAUCGUCGGCGUGCCCCCGCCUCAUCCCUGGGCCCCUCUGGGCCUAGGCAGGGCCUUGCUAUAAAAGCAUACCGCGUCGCCCCUCGAACACGUAGUGUUUCCCCGCGUAGCGCACAAGAAAAACUCUCCUCAUACACUAUGAAGUUCUUCAUUGUUCUGUUCGCCGUUGUGGCGGCCGCCAGUGCCGGAGUCAUCUAUGGACACCACGAUCCAAUCGUGCAACCCUGGGUGGUGGCUCCUGUGGUGCACGCUCCUUCGCCCUGGGUCGCACCUGCGCCCAACUACGUCAAGAUCGCCGCUCCGGUGGCGUAUCCUAAGCAUGUUACUCAGGUGCUCAACGUCCAGAAAACGCCCGACAUUCCGGCCUCGUAUCCGUCACCCCUGAACAUCAAGCUGCCACAUACCGCGGUCACCAAAAUACAUUAUUCCGAUUCUUAUGUUCCACAUCCGCAUCUCGUCGGCGUCGAGCAUUACGUUCCCGCUCCGGAACCCGCCAUCGACGUUGUCAAGGCGCACGGACACGGCUGGUAGAUACGGAGCCCCCUACUUGAUGAUACCCGCUAAACUCGCUGGUCCCAGAGUGGUCCUUACCGAACCAGUAGUCAUCCCGCGAGACCAGGAUAUUAACAAAUAAUCACAGAACGAUGACAGCAGACAACUUCGUCGAUGCACGUUUCGAUCCCCCUCUCUAGGCAACCUCUCCCAUUCUAGAAAACAAGAAGAAUUCACCGACUUUCAUUCAGGCAAAACGAACAGAACGAGAUUAUUCCAAGACUAUCGAAGACUACGGGAAUCAAUUUUUUUCGAGCGGAAAAUCUUAGCGAGUCUCAGGAGAGAAAUGAAAAUCUUGGACCACCCGCGGAUCGCAGACCAGGCAGCCAGACUCGAGAGAAAAACUUGUCUCGAUUUUAUCUUAGAACUGCAUAUGACACACCUCCAACAACAUUCACGAACGGAUACACCUGCGCCUUUUCCUGUUCCUUUCCAUCCUGUUCCUUUCUCGUCUCAGCAUCGAAAUUUCCGUGCGGCAAUUGUGAUAUUGAAGAAGACAUCGCAACAUCAGAGAGAGCGUUUUUUUCUCCUCACCCCCUUCUUUUUGGAUACCGCCCCCCAUUGUAUUUCUCUGACCGCAGCAACACUUUUAUUUAUUUUCUAAUAAAAGUUGAUUUGUGAUAAACCAG